AUGGUGGGUCAAAGAACUGGUGCUAAUAGAGAAAAGGGUAACACAAAAGGGGUUCAGGUUAAGCAACCUGUGAGCAGCUCUCUCAAUCCUGGUGUGAAUAAGGAGAACAUUUCCUCGGGUAGCAAGGUGGAUUCCCCAGUAAUUGGCAUGCUAUUCUCAACUGUGGCUUCUAGCUCUGUCAAAAAGACUGGUGGUAAUAAACCAGUGGGGGUGAAAUCAAAGAAGUAUGUGGCUAAGGCCAUGAAUGGUAAGGGAAAAGGAAUAUGUAAGGAAUUCUCUCAGGCUUUGGGAGCAAGUAGCUCUGGUCUGCAGAAAAAAGUUGAGCUGGAUGGAGAAGUUGAUUUAUCAGGAGUAUUUAAUGGGCUAGAGGGGAAUUCUGCACUUAGUUCAGAAAAAUCUUCAGGUGAGGCUAUGGUUGAUGUUGAUCCGGUGCAGGAACCUGAACCUCCUGACCAAAUCAUGAGUGACUCGUUAAAGCUGCUAGCUGAUAGUGCAGGUAUGGAGGUAGCUUUACCUUUAAAAGAGCAGUUAACUAAUUCUGUUUAUGAGCCUAUUUGUGAUGCUGAUCUUUUUGAGAAUCAGAGUUAUAUGGGUGCUGCUAAGAAACAGUUUAAGAGCACCUUCAGUAGAUUUAGAAAGAAGUAUAAGGUUGGGAUGGCAGUUAUCCUGGAACCUAGGUUGAAGCACAAGGUUUUGCAGGAGGUAUCUGGCUUGUUUGGCUUCCCUGCUUUGUUUUUUCAAAGGAACUGGGAGAUCCUUAAAGAUCAAGUUCUCACAAGUAUGAGGGGGUAUCUUGACAAGCCGCAGCUAAUUCAGGAGAUUAACUACACUAUGCUAGCUCUUAUUCCUAAGAUUGAGAGACCUUGUCUCAUGAAGCAGUUUAGACCAAUAGCACUUUGUAAUUCUAUUUACAAGGGGCUGAGCAAAAUCCUUGCUAACAAAAUUAAACCUCUUUUGGGGAGUCUCAUUUCCCCCAAUCAGGUUAGUUUUGUUCCUAGAAGGCAAAUCCAAGACAAUAUAAUAAUUGCUCAAGAGUUGGUGCAUGCGAUGCAUAAAAUGAAGGGAAGGAAGAGCUUUCUGUCCAUCAAAAUUGACUUAGAAAAAGCUUAUGAUAAGCUCAAUUGGAGGUUCAUAAGAUCAGUGUUGGAUGAAGUGAAACUGCCAGGGGAUUUAGUUGAAGCCAUCAUGGGUUGUGUGACUAGUACUCAUUUGGAGGUGUUGUGGAAUGGGGGUAGGACUACUGGAUUUAGUCCUCAACGUGGCAUUAGACAAGGGGAUCCCAUAUCUCCUUAUCUGUUUGUCUUAUGUAUGGAAAAGCUAACUCAUUUAAUUAUGGAUGAGGUGGAGGCUAAGCAUUGGAGACCAAUAAAGGCUGGAAAGUCUGGUCCAUAUAUUUCUCACCUUAUGUUUGCAGAUGAUGUUAUAUUGUUUGCUGAAGCAUCUUUGUCUCAACUGGAAUCAAUCACUCAUUGUUUGGAGAAAUUUUCUAAGAUGUCUGGGCAAUGUGUGAGUGUGGAGAAGUCUUGUAUAUAUUUCUCAAGGAAUGCUCCUCAAGAGGUAGUAGAUUCGGUCACCUCUAUUAGUGGGUUUAAAAAGGUCAGUAAUCUUGGAUGUUAUUUGGGUUCUUUGAUGAAGCAUGGUAGAGUGAGAAGAGAUCAUUAUGCUGAUGCUAUUACUAGAUUCCAAGGUAGACUGCAAGGAUGGAAGUCAAAGUGUCUAUCUCUGGAGAUUGAGAGAUUGCAGAGGAACUUCAUUUGGGGGGAUUCUGAAACUAAGAAGAAAACCCAUUAUGUAUCGUGGGAGCAAAUCUGUCAGUCUAGGGAAUGUGGUGGGUUAGGAAUCAUGAAUCUGAGAAGACAAAAUGAAGCAUUUAUGCAAAAAUUGGCUUGGCAGGUUAUGACUGAUCAUGAUAGACUUUGGGUCAAGGUGUUGUUAGGAAAAUAUGGUAGGAAUGCUAAUCCUAGCCGCUGCCUAAUCUCAAGAACUUCUGACUCUCCUCUAUGGAAGCAUAUAUGUAGAGGACAUAAUGACUUAUAUCAGCACCUUGAGUGGAAGAUUGGUAAUGGAAAGGAAAUUUAUUUCUGGUCUGAUGUGUGGGGAGGGUGGAAGAGGAGUCUAUAUGACCUUGCUGCACAUAAACCUCCUGAUUCUCAGCUAUCCUUUAAAGUAAGUGAUUAUGUUGAUCAAGUCAUGGGGGAUUGGAGAUGGAGCUGCCUUAUUAUGUGGUUAGAUGCUAAUACCAUUAAUAAGCUUAAAAAUAUUAGAACCCCUGCUAUUGAUGGUCCAAAUGACAGUUUGAACUGGAUUUGGAGUAGUCCAAGUAAGUCCUUUGUGAGGAAUGCUUACUGUCAUUUCCCUGAAUCUUGUGAAAGAGAUCGAGUUUGGGCAGCUAUAUGGAAGUGGAGGGGGCCUUACAGGGUUGCAGUUUUCCUAUGGCUGGCUUGUUUGAAUAAAAUUCAUGUUCGAGCUAUGACAGGACAAUGGUAUGGGGGAGAGAGUAUGUGCCCUGCUUGUAAGAUUCAUCCAGAAACUGUUAUGCAUGUGUUAAGGGACUGUAGGGUAGCUAGGCAGGUGUGGGAAAGAUGGUUCUCGAAUAAUAUUCCUAAAACUUUCUUAGCAGUGGAAGGAAGGGAAAGGUUCAAGAUUAAUCUGUUUCACCCUUUUGUUAGUAAGCUUUGGGGGUCUUGGAAGGAGGUUUUUUUUGUGACCUGCUGGUUUUUGUGGCAGUGGAGAAAUUCAACGGUUCAUGAAGUGUUGUUUUCUUUGCCUCAAGAUCCAGUGCAUGCAAUCCUGAUUUUUUUGGAUGGGAGGAAAAGAAGUGCUAAUCUUGAUGUCUCUGCUGCAGGGGCUGAUGGCAUUUCCCUCGUUGGGAAUUCUGGACAGCAGAUUGAUGAAUAUCAGGUUAAAAUUUUUGUUGAUGGUGCCUGUAAGCUAGCCUCCAAUAUAGGAUCCAGUGGUGGGUUUCUUUGCUCCUCUAUAGGUGAAUGGAAAGGUGGUUUCUCUUACAAUAUAGGCAAUUGUUCUUCCUUGGAAGCUGAAUUAUGGGGGAUAUAUCAUGGCUGUAAAUUGGCAAGUGAUAUGCAGUAUUCAAAGGUGUGGAUAGGCUGUGAUAGCAAAGAGGCUUUACUUUGUUUGGAGGAGAAUGAUGAAGUUUGUGGUUUCUCAUACUUGAUAGGCAAAAUUCGAGAAGUGGCUCUGGCCUUUGAGAAAUUCCAGUUGGAGUUUGUCCCAAGAGAAUCCAAUUCUUGUGCAGAUUACUUGGCUAAAUUAGGAUUUAGUCUCAAGGGUGAAGAGUUGAGGUUACACUCCUCUCCCCCUGAUGAUAUGUUGAAGUUUUGGUUAGAAUUUAGCUCCAUUUUGUUGAUGGAGCAUGUUUGUUUGUAUUUGCAGCGUUUGACUGUUUAG